UGGCCAUGCUUUUAUUUACUACCGGUUCGACAAGAUACAAAUGGCCGCCUCCAUAAACUCCGACAGCAUGAAAAAUAUGUUGCAAUUUAUGAAACUUAUUGGGCAACUGAAACGCGUGCCACGGACGGGCUGGGUGUACAGGAACGUGAAACAGCCGGAGAGUGUGUCUGACCACAUGUACAGAAUGUCCAUGAUGGCUCUGACGAUAGCAGAUCACAACGUCAAUAAAGACAGGUGCAUGAAGUUGGCCUUGGUUCAUGACAUGGCAGAAUGCAUUGUGGGUGAUAUUACACCUGCAGACAACGUUAGUAAAGCAGAGAAACACAAAAGGGAAGAGGAAGCAAUGAGGCACCUCACUGGUCUUCUCCAGGAGGGCUUGAGGAAAGAGAUCUAUGAACUCUGGGAGGAGUACGAGAGCCAGACGAGCGCUGAGGCUAAGCUGGUGAAAGAGUUUGACCUGCUAGAGAUGAUUCUGCAGGCCCAUGAGUACGAGGAGCUGGAGGGGAAACCAGGCAGGCUACAGGAGUUCUUUGAUUCCACACAAGGCCGAUUCCACCACCCAGAGGUAAUCCAGUUUGUGAAGAAUCUAAAUGAAGAGAGAGCUGGUCACUUGGCAGCUGGAGGCGAUGGGUCGUCUGGGAGCUCAGAGUCCAAGAAACCAAGAACAGACUCCUCCUGACUUCAACAUUUCCACUGAAUGAUGCUACACUCAGCUUGUGUCAAUGAUGUUGCAGUAGCCACUGUUCUAACUCAUCCUCACAUGACAUGAUGUGGUAGAAUGUUGUCAUGGAAACCUGGUUCUGGUUGGUGAGUUGUGGAAUAAUUUAGCAAAAGAUGGGCUAUCCUUGAAAACAAAUGUGUGCCCUGUUUUACUCCCAAAGUGCUCAUUUUAUUUUACAUAGAUGGACAAGACUUUGAAAGUAAUUUGUUUAUAAUGAACGUUUCUGGAUGUGCACAUACUUCGCCUGUACAAUUCCUGUGAUGCAUCAGAAGAUGCACCUAUAUUUUUUUGUUUUGAGUUGUUUGACCUCUUAAGCUGUGAGGCUUCAUUAAAACCAUUGGUUAUAACUAUUA